AUGUGCAGGUCGCACACGCAGCGCGCGGUGUUGCUCGACGAGGCAGCUCAGGGCAGAGCGAAGUGCCGAGAGCGGAGCUGCUGCGAGACCACCGGUGUGUUGACAUGGGCAGACUGUGCAAACGAGAAGGCCGCAUGGAGUACCAUGAUUUGGUUCACAAUUCUCGUGGGUCUCAGUGCUCAGUUGAAUAAGUCGGGCGUUGUGACCUGGCUUGCCGAUUCCAUCUCCAGCAAGAUCACAGCAGCUGGCCUCUCUGCAGUGCCAGCCUUUGGCCUGUUGCUGUUGCUGUACAUGUUCUCGCACUAUGCCAGAGUCGCCCACGUUAGUGCACUCUACGUGCCGUUCAUCGCCAUGAUGGUUCAGACGGGUACGCCGCCAACGGUCGCUGUGUUCGCCCUGGCCGUCGGCUCGAAUCUGUUUGAUUCCCUCACGCCCUAUGCUUCAGCAAGGGCCACGGUGUUCUACGGAGCGGGCUUCGUGACACAGAAGGACUGGUACAGACUUGGUUUGAUAUUCAUGUUAUUCAACAUUGUCGUAUGGUUGGGGGUCGGAGGUGUUUGGUGGAAGGUCUUAG